AUGGCAGAGGUUCAAGCUCAGGCUCCUUCGUCAUCCUCUCCUCCUCCUCCGGUUACAGACGGCACGGUGGCUUCCGACGGAGUGAAUCUCGGCGCCAUGUGUUCGCUCUACGUGGGAGAUCUGGAUUUCAACGUGACCGAUUCUCAGCUCUACGACUAUUUCACCGAGGUCUGCCAAGUCGUGUCCGUUCGCGUGUGCCGCGACACCGCCACCAACACUUCUCUUGGAUACGGCUACGUCAACUACAGCAACAUCGACGAUGCGGAGAAGGCACUGAAAAAGUUGAACUACACUAGUCUCAACGGGAAGAUGAUUAGGGUUACUUACUCUUCUCGUGACUCUGCUGCUCGUAGAAGUGGGAUCGGCAACUUGUUCAUCAAGAAUCUUGACAAGUCAGUUGACAACAAGACACUCCACGAGACGUUUUCAGGGUGUGGGAGCAUUGUGUCCUGUAAGGUCGCUACUGAUCACAUGGGUCAGUCCAAAGGAUACGGCUUUGUGCAGUUUGAGAGUGAGGACUCAGCUAAAAGCGCUAUUGAGAAGCUGAACGGGAAGAUUCUCAACGAUAAGCAGAUAUUCGUUGGACCGUUUCUCAAGAAGGAGGAGAGAGAGUCUGCUGCUGAUAAGAUGAAGUUCACUAACGUCUACGUGAAGAAUCUCUCGGAAAAUACUACUGACGAUGAGCUGAAGAGUACUUUUGGUCAGUACGGUGGUAUCUCGAGCGCUGUGGUGAUGAGGGACGGAGAUGGGAGGUCGAGGUGUUUUGGGUUUGUUAACUUCGAGAACGCUGAAGACGCGGCUCGCGCUGUUGAGGGGCUUAACGGGAAGAAGUUUGAUGAUAAGGAGUGGUAUGUAGGUAAAGCUCAGAAGAAGUCUGAGAGGGAGCUUGAGUUGAGCAGGAGGUAUGAACAAGGCGCGAGGGAGACGGGAAACAGUUUCGAUGGGUUGAAUCUGUAUGUUAAGAAUCUUGAUGAUACUGUGACGGAUGAGAAGUUGCGUGAGUUGUUUGCUGAGUUUGGUACAAUUACUUCCUGCAAGGUUAUGCGAGACCCUAGUGGUGCUAGCAAAGGAUCAGGGUUUGUUGCUUUCUCAGCUGCCAGUGAAGCUUCUAGAGUGCUGAAUGAAAUGAAUGGUAAAAUGGUUAGUGGCAAACCGUUGUAUGUUGCUCUUGCACAAAGGAAGGAAGAAAGAAGGGCUAAGCUGCAGGCACAGUUUUCUCAGAUGAGACCUGCCUUUAUCCCCGGUAUGGGUCCUCGUAUGCCAAUGUUCGCAGGUGGUGCUCCAGGACAGCAGUUUUUUUACGGUCAAGGACCUCCACAAAUGAUCCCUCACCAGGCUGGAUUCGGAUAUCAGCCUCAGAUGGUUCCUGGAAUGAGGCCAGGCUAUUUUGGCCCGAUGAUGCAGCCUGGUCAGCAAGGGCCACGACCAGGUGGAAGACGGUCAGGAGAUGGACCCAUGCGCCAUCAGCCUCAGCAACCAAUGCCGUUUAUGCAGCCACAGAUGAUGGCAGGGGGAGGACGUGGAUACCGUUACCCUCGUGGUAGAAACAUGCCAGACGGUCCAAUGGCGGGAGGAAUGGUUCCAUUUCCUUAUGACAUUAAUGGAAUGCCUCUUGGUCAGCCUAUGCCCGCCGGUGCAUUGGCUUCUUCCCUUGCUCAGGCCUCACCUGCUCAGCAAAGAACAAUUUUGGGUGAGACUCUGUACCCAUUAGUGAACAAGAUAGAGCACGAGAACGCUGCCAAAGUGACGGGUAUGCUUCUGGAGAUGGACCAGACAGAAGUUUUGCAUCUGAUAGAGUCACCAGAGGCUCUAAAUGCUAAAGUUUCAGAGGCAUUGGAUGUGUUGAGAAACGUGAAUCAGCCAGCGCAGGGGAGUGAAGGCAAGAGUGGAAGCCCGAGUGAUAUGUUGGCUUCACUUUCCAUUAAUGAUCACUUGUGAGAAGCUUUUUUCGGAGUAGUACUUAAAACUGUCUCUCUCUCUCUCUCUCUGAUUGACAAAUUUUUGCGGGAUGUUUGUUUUCUGUUUUGACUUGAAAUGAUGCUUUUUUUGGUUGGAUAAUCUUUUACUAUUGCAAUUCACUUUUCAAUUAUA